CCAAGCUGCUACGUGACGUUGUUAUAGUCAUCGUUUUACUCGAUGCGAGAAAACGCAUCGGUGCCUCUGAGAUGUUGUUAAAUUCCACGAUAGAUACACACAAUAAAUAAAAAGAACUACUUUGGCUGCUAUUUAAAUGUGUUUAACACCAUGGAGGUUAUCGAGACAAUUGUGAUACAAAGUACUGAAGUGGAAGGAAAAGAGACGGUCGUGUCCAGUGUGGACACCGAUAAAACCAAAGCAGAAUUUAUAUGGACACUACAGGCUACAUGGCACCUUGUCAACACCAGACUUGAAAUGGACCAGGCUUUUGACCAGCCAGUAUGCAAGAAAAAGAAACUUUGGGAGAUGGUGGCAGAGAAGGUGAACGCCAAACUAAGGGAGUCAGAGGUCACUGAUGUCACUGUGAAGGCGUACGAGUGUGACCUCAAGUGGAGAAACAUGCUGGCCACAUACAGGAAGAACGCAGAAAGGGCCAAGAGGCUGGGGGUGGCCAGCGUCCACUGGGAGUUCUUCAAGGCCAUGCAUGAGGUCCUGGGCAAGAGCAGGGAGGAGAUCGAAGCCCAGCGAAGGGCCAAACUCAGUGGGACGAGAGUGGGCAAAGCCAUAGCCAGCAAGAGGUUUACCCCAAUCCUCCCUACACCUCCUGUGACGGCUGCUCCCUGCACCGCCCGGCCUCCACAGGACGUCCUGCAGCUGUACAUGGAGCUGCAAGAGAGGAAGAUGAACAUGUGGGCCCAGCAGAAAGCUCUGGAGGAGAGGAAGAUAGAGGCUAUUAACAACCUGGCCCAGGCCAUCUCCAGCCUAGCUCAAAAGAACAGCAUUCAGAUGACAAAGGAUGGACAUUAGGCCAGAGGAAACAUGAACUUCCAUGUGUGUUGUUUGCGCUUACCAAAAAAACUUUUAUGAUACAGCACCAGAUGUCAACAACCUAUGCAAGAACAUGUUAUUUUUUAUGCGGGCCCCAUGACUGAACAAACUGACGCAAUGAUUAUGAUCAUUGUUCAAGAGAAGUCAAAGUCAGACUUAAACUUCUAUAUUAUAAACUAGACUGAUAACAGUAUUCAUAGACAGAUGCACUUUCACUAUUACUGUAUUAAUCAUUUACACAUUAUCAGGCAGUAUGAACAGCUUUCACUAUGUAGUGUAUUACAAUAAACAGUCCUGCAAUAAA